AAUCAUCAACCACGCUACCAUAUAUAUAAUAUAUAACUCAAGAAUGUGGCAAACCCAGUAAUAAAAAUACCCACAGAAAAUUCGGAUAGCUGAGCGGGGAGUGUGAAAUAGCUUAGAGUGGAUGUAAAAACGGAUAUUUUAUUUUUUCAAAUUGAACAAUUUAAGGAAAAAAAAAACAAAGUCGAGUACUAACAGAGUACUGUAAGUCAACGGUUAUAUAUAAAAUACAUUAUUUGAAUGACUGCUGACAAACGUGACUGGCGGGACAGACGUCUGUGUCAACAAGGAAAAGCAAACACCAGCGACCACCAAAACGACUCCUCAGUUUUGCUCUCCUUGAUUAAGUUUAUUACCUCCACUCCACCACUCAUCGUCUGCACUAGGGCUACCAAGGCAGCAAGUUACUAGUUUCUAACUAAAUAUCUACUUUUCCUUCACGUGAGGCAGUGCCAAUAUUUUCUGCCAAGUGAAGCUGUGCCGUAUCCUCUCUGCCAGGUGGUCAGUGCCGCAUUCUUUCUACCAGGUGGUCAGUGCCGCAUCCUCUCUGCCAAGUGGUUAGUGCCGCACUCUGCAGGUGGCAAGAACAAUGCCACCUGCACUGCUGGUCUUCACCAAGAGUUCCAGGAAUUUUCCUCCGACCAAUACCUAAGUGAGGCCCUCGUGAAGGAUCUAACGCAGUAAUGGGCGUGGGCGUGGGUAAGGGCGAAGAUGUGGGCGUGAAAGGGAUGUGGCUGGUCAAUACCUUCCUUUUCUUGUUGACUGGCAGCCAGGAAGUGCUAUUACCCUGGACGCCUCUCAUACUCAAAGCUGCUGGAUUUUCAGCCCUUGGUGUAGGCGUGGCAACAUGUAUCACCACCUUGGCAUCCAGCGUGGGCGUGGUAACAUGCCUUGCGGGAGUACGCUGGACUCGGAGUGGAGCAGUGCGUCGGCUGUUCCUGUUGCUGUUGCUGGCCGCUGCCAUCGCACUGCAAGUAUCAGCAGUGAUACUCCAGCAGCAGGGCACAGGAGAACGUACAAGCUUAUGCUACCACGAAAAUCAUCUGCUUCCUGCUUCUCCUACUUCCCCACCACUCAUAUCCCUUUCCACCUUACGCCCAGGAUCAUCAUCCUCGAAGCCAUCAACAUCUCCAUCAACAUCACUUCCAAAAACCCUAUCAGAGCUGCCGACCUCAACGAUGGGUCAUAAGAACGGAAGCAUUGUCAUUUUAAAGACAACAAACAAUAUGACCACAAUGAGGUAUCCAAAUAUUACAACCUCGCAGAAACCUGCUAUCACAACUGCCACUACAAGUACCACGAAUACGUCCACAACUGCCGACAAAUCAUCCAUGAUCUAUAAUUCCACCACAGCCAAAGAGACAGUGCCCUUUUAUUCUCAUAUGACAGUUACAGAUGAUUCCCAAAUAUUUGUCACCGAUAGCACAGAAUUAAUGCCAGGAGAAGAUAGUAUAGGACCUUCAGUGACGAUGACAGAUGAAGGUCCAGAAAAUAAACAGAAAACUCUCACUUUCACUAGUCCAAGGUCCACGAAUAAGCUAAACAUUUACAAAUAUAAUGCACAGAAAAAUCUUAUCAAGACGACAACAGCGAGAGGAUUUCGAGACAGUCUGGAAAACAGUGAUCAGGAUGUAGAUGUCAAUUAUGUGAAUGAUAACGACACAUCUCCUGAGACAGAUAGUGAGGACUCUGAAUCAAACAACGGCGAUAACUACUAUUACGACAGUGACAACGAUGGUCACCAAGGAGAUGAGAGUUCCCUGGUCAGAAACUCUGGUUCCAGCCACCACAAUGGCAUUCCAUUCCAUUAUUCACUUGACACACUUUCUAAACCCAGCUCGCAGAGAAAAUCUUCAGCAAACGUUUCCUUAACGCUUUUUGGCCAGCAAAGAUCCUUGCAGACCAAAUUUAACAGGUUGGACCAUAUUCCAUGGAAUCCUAGGUCCCGGUUAAAUAAGUUUCCAUCAGCACCACAGACCAAUCACAGAAGCAAAUCAGGCCAAGAAGACCCAGCCAUGAAUAAAGAUGUAAGCCUUGGCGACACUAAAAGUAGGAGUAGGCAAAGGAAAAGUCAUCUUGGCAAUCACAUUCUACCCCAGGUAUUCCCGUCACCCCGUCUUUCUUCAGGCGAUGCUGAGCGUUCGCUGUCAGCUUCAGACUUAGAUUGGGAUGACCAACAACAUCGGUCUUUUUCGGAGCUCAACCGUCCAAGACCGUCCAACAAUAAACUUCAGUCAUAUUUAUCCCGGCCAGUAAGACAAGCUGGCGCAUCAGGAAGUAAGUACCUAAAUGGUGACGAACUGAAGUCAGGGAUCAGGUCACACAAGAUUCCCAAGCGAACCCGCCGAUCCCUCUCUUUUAUCACAGAAAACAUGAAUAAAGAUAAUGAAAAUAACAAGACAGCAAGUCAAACAAGCAUAGAUGAUGCAAGUAUAACCAAGUCUCGCACAAUUGCUCAGCGUAAGCGAAUAGAGGAGACGGGAAGCCUGCCAGGUAACUAUGUCAGUGGUGUUGGAGUGAAAAUGGGUGUGGCUAUACUGCUGACUAUAGGUGGGUUUAUUGGGUCAGGGGUGGAGGCCAGUAUGGCCCAACUGUGGCACUGUUACUCCCAUGGUUACGACGAAGGAGGCGUGAGUCAUGACAUUCUGCAGCGCACUAUCACUCACACCUUCCACCUUAGCACCUACGCUGCUCACAAGACAUGGUCACGUCUCACCUCGGGUGCUUGGCUAUUGGGUGGAGGAGUCCUCUCCAUCAUAGCGUGCAUGGUGGGCCUAGAAGCGGGCGUAUACGGCGGGAUGGCAAGCGUGCACCUAGCCGUGGGCGUGUGUGCCCUGUGUGUACUUCUAGUGGUGCCCAUACCCUACGGUUCCGUGGACCCUCCCAGGACUCGGCGCCCACUCUCUCUCUACCUGGACGAUGAGGUACUGACGGAGGGGAUCCGUCGCCUUACCUUCCACGCCUGGGUGCUUGCCAACGGCUGUCUCGCCGCAUUCUCCUUCACCUUCGGUAUCUGGCUCCUGCAGGAGAUGACGCCGCAGGGUUCAGCACUUGCGGCACAGACGUGGGCCCUGACUCUGACUCUAAUUUCUGAGGGACUGGCUCUGCACGCCCAGCGAUGGCUCCUGUCCCAUGUCGGGCUGCAGGGAACGAUGGGUGUGGGUGGUGUGGGCAUAAUGCUGCACUUGGCCACCAUGUGGGUUGCCUCGGAGAAUGUUAACCUGAUGGUGGUGUCCCACGCUGGGCUGGGUUGUGGCCUGGCUCUAAUGUGGAUUGCUGUUAAGAACAACUCUCUACUCCUGGCCACUGUCACUGAUCAAGAGCGGGAGGCGUGGGCUUCAUGGUGGUGCUGGCGUCUCGGCCUGAGCCUAGGAGCAGUUGUGUGGGGUGCGGGUAUAGGGAAAAGUGUGAGAUCACUGUUGCUGCCUGCAACACUCAUCUCUGCCGCCGUUGCCUCCACCGUUGGUGUAGCAGCCAUCAUCACAAGACGACACUGGCGGACCCGGAGGCAUAUCUACCACACACUUGACCUCAACAUGGCCAAUAAUGCCGACGAAGACGACGACGACGACCCCUGUGAAGAUGACUGGUUGGUAAGAAGAGCCAAGAAGGAAGGCAUCACACUCUGAACAUGACAAUGAUGACCCCUGUGAAGACGACUGGUUGGCAAGAAGAGCCAAGAAGGAAGGCAUCACGCUCUGAAUGCGACGAUGACGACCCCUUUGAAGACGACUGGUUUAAAAGAAAAAUGAGAGGAAGAUUAUGGGCGACCUUGACUGGCUAUUAUUACUGCCAAAGUUUGGAACAAUCAAGAACAUUAACAUUAAAAAAGGAAUAAUUUACUUAUCGGGAAGAAAAUUAAAGAAAAAAUAAAAUUAAGAUAUAUCAAUUAUAAUUAUUAUUAUCAUAUUCAUGAAAUGCUCUAAACCCACGUGGCCUAUAUCUUUGAUUUUGAAAACUGAAAACAAAACGUGAUUUGUGCUAAUAUGAAUAAUAAAUGAAAAUCUGAAAUAUAAAAAAAAUAUAUGAUGUGGCCUCAGUAAUUUAAAGUAUGAAAUAAAAUUUUAUUUCAUUACUACAGUUAAUACAUGUAAUAAUGCCGUGUUGGCCUAACCUCUGCAAGCAGUACCAGACUGGGAAAGUUCUCAAGCAAGAAAAAUGUCACGAGGAAGUCUUCUUAUAAACAAGUGGCAAAAAUAUUGUCUUGACUAUCUGGAUGGUGUAUAAACUACUGCAACUUGCUAGUGAACAACUGAGCUUUUAUAUACGUACUUGUAGGCGCAUAUGUAAAGCUCUAGAAAACAAUAAUAAGAAUUCAUUUUUUGAAACAGUAACAACGGGUGUAUUUUUUUUUUUUUUAGGAUGUAAAGUUCUAAUUAAAGCAAAAAAGAUAUUUGGUCCAUUGACUUAUCUUAUUGCUGUUGUGAGAGAAACUUUUUACGGUAGAUGUUACUAAGAUACACGAUUCAUUUUUUGGUCGUAAUAUUUCUCCAAGACUUUAAUAAAAUAUUUUGUAGAUGUUUGAGAAAAUGUACAUUACCUGUGCUUGUAGUUUUCAUGUUCAGUAGGGUAGGUGAUUAUCAUCGUCCCAGUGUCCUGGUUAGUGGUACCUGACCAGACUUUAAUGUUGACAGCUCAGUCAGUCAGUCUGUGCUUGUUUCAAGCAGUCUGACGUAGGGCACCACAACCCUUGGUAAUGAUACAGAUCUGGUGUCCUUUUCUUGGUGGUACAACCCUAAGAUGAAGUUUAAAAAAUGUGGCAUAUAAAUUCAAUUGGUCAUCCAAUGUUUCAUUUAUUUUUGUGGUUGUUGAAUUAUUUGUCCUUCACACCUUUUUCCCCUUUGUUUUAAACUUGUUAAUUGGUGUUUAAUUACAUGAGUCUUCACAGUAUAUUUAGACUGUUCCCACAGAAUCUUUGUUUUAAAUAGUUAUUAUUACUGUUAUUGGGAAGUAUUAAACCUGUAGUAGUCAUACCGCUUCUGGGAAAUGAGGGAAAUGAAUAGGUUGAAUUCCUUGAAUUAAGAGCUCCUUACCUACAUCAUGACACCUUUGCGAUGUAAACAGUUUUAAUUACCCUGGUUGUGUGAUUGUGCUAGGCUGGGACUCUUAAACAUAGUGUUAAAUGAAGAAUAAUUCGAGAAUUUAGUAGUGUGAAAUGAUGGAUAAUUAAAAAAUGUUAUAGAGAUAACUGAAAAAUAGUUAAAUAAUGUUAUAGCGUGAAAUGAAGACUAAUUAAAGAAGAUAAUAAAUACUGUUUUUUUUUUUAUCAAAUGUUAUAUAUGGCACAUUGUGCUGCUAUUCUAUUUACAUGACAUUUUACAACCUUUUUGUUUUUAUUUUGUUGUAACAUGAGGCCUCAUUUGACCAGCUUCAAAGUUUCAACCCUAGUGUACGGUAACUAGGGCAAGGUUCUAGGUGCAAUUGGGAUAUACAGGUACCCUAUGACCAAAGUUAUUCAAGAAAGCUAUUUUUAUCAUACUUAGGGGGAAGAUCUAAACCCACAGAGGACAUUCAGUACCUGGGGAAAGUGAGACAAUAAAUUCUUUGGAUCAAGAACCAUUCAAAGGAUCAAGGUGCCUCCCAUGAAGGGUUAGGGUGGUUGAGUUCAAGCUUCAGAGCCAGUCUCAACUUUCCAUCUACUAAGCUUAGUUUUUACUUAGAGCUUAUUUGUAGCUAACAGAACAACUAUGCUCAUGAGGUCUAGUUG